GUACACCCAUUGCAGACAGGGGGACCCGAACAAAGAACAUUUACUUGUAUGGGAUUCCAAGAUUUCUGAAGGGAGCCCUGGGUAUCAUACAACUAUAGUAUGGAUAGAGCUUGGACAAUGGAGUCUUGGUCCCACCAUGGCUCACUAUGGGAUAUUUUCUGUUUGGUGAGCAGCUAAUUGUACUGGAGACCUGUGGUUGCCACAAUUGAUAUUUGGCCGUUCAGGUGGGUCUCAAGCAACGGCUGGGGGGGCUUGGCCUGAAGGACAGUUAAGGUGAGAUUUGUAUUGGUCCCACCAUGGCUCACUAUGGGAUAUUUUCUGAUUUCUGUUUGGUGAGCAGCUAAUUUUACUGGAGACCUGUGGUUGCCACAAUUGAGAUUGGCCUAUUCAGGUGGGUCUCAAGCAACAGCUGGGGGGCUUGGCCUGAAGGACAGUUAAGGUGAGAUUUGUAUUGGUCCCACCAUGGCUCACUAUGGGAUAUUUUCUGCUUGGUGAGCAGCUAAUUUUACUGGAGACCUGUGGUUGCCACAAUUGAGAUUGGCCCGUUCAGGUGGGUCUCAAGCAACAGCCGGGGGGCUUGGCCUGAAGGACAGUUAAGGUGAGAUUUGGAGUGGUCCCACCAUAACUGACUAUAGGAUAUUUUCUGAUUUGUGUUUGCUGAGCAGCCAAACUAUAGGUUGACCCCUGUAGAUGAGCCUAAAACAAUGGCCAGGGGGGGGGUUCGCCUGAAGGCCAGUUAAGGUGAAAUUUGGAGAGAAUACCUAUUUGCCAUAUUAGAUACUUAUAGGGAUAAACCCCAGUUAUUCUUGAUUCUUACAGUGAGCUUUGAAUUUAGAAAGUCCAAAACCUGUGCAUGUAUGUGCUUAUGGUAUUAAGGGGAACUGCACCAAUUCAGCACUUUCUAUAGGCACUUUGGGCACAUUGGGCACUUUGGCUGCUGUGAGAGUUCAGAAGACUCUCCGUGUAUUUCUGUUUGUCCUACGAAAUUCCGAAACCUGGAUUUUUUUAAAAAAAAGAUAUUGGGCUUGGAUAAACAAACAGAUAGUAGGGAGGGAAGACAGCCUGGCGCGUGGGAUUAUCAGCAGUGUGACCUACUGGGUGACUGACCCUGAGCUGGGUGCUGCCUAUAAAUACGCCUGUCUGGGAGCAGGGGAGACAGGAUCUGCUCCGGAGUCACAUUCACCUGCACAACAGAGACUGACAGGCGCUACAGAACCAUGAAACCAGUCCCAAUCUGCUGUUUGCUGCUCCUUCUCUCCUUCAUCUGCCACAGGGGCCACAGCGCCUCCCUCAGUGGGAAUGAAGUCACGGUGACGGGAAACCAGAUCCCUGAAACCCAGAUGGAGGAGUCCAAUGCUCUGGAGCCUCUACUCAGGAGCAAGAGACAGUCCCACCUCUCCAUCUGCGUCCACUGCUGCAACUGUUGCAAAUACAAGGGCUGUGGCAAAUGCUGUCUGACCUGAAGGCUCCGCCUCCUAAUCCAGGGAAGAGGGACUUCAUCAGGGGACACAAUGUAUGGCUGGAGGAAAGGUCCACACUUAUGAUCAGAUAGGGUCAAGCUUUGGAUCUUCAGUUGGGGUUGGACAACAUCUCCUACAAUAAGAAGUCUUGCCAACAACUGCCCCAUCUCAAAAUAUCUAAACUUAGUUCCGCUCCCCCCAUCUCCUCCCUGAGCCUGCUGAGGCUGAAUAUAUUUAUUUAUUAUACGUCACAAUCUCUCUUCCUCUCAUACCCGUGGCCCCUCACUGCCCCUUUGUAUUUAUAACUUGGUUUGUGUUCAUUGUCUUGUGUUUUUGUAAAUAUGUUGUGUAUUCUAUAUGUUUUAUUGUUAGAUUUGAUGUAAUAUUGGCAUGUACAGGAGUAGUAAAAAUAAAAAAUGUAUUAUAUAUUUGGUGAUA